ACAUGUUAUCGGCUGAGCACAAAAUUUAAAACAACAUAGGAUACGUUGAGUUUUGAAUCAAAACUAUCAAGAAAAGAAAGUCCAUUGUGAAUUUCCAAACAAAAUGGGGAAGGAUUCAAACAGUUCUUCCAGAGUACUUGAUGGGAUACCCGAACCUUUGCCGGAUUGGAACGAAGAUCCAGAAGUUUGGAAAUGGGCGUUGCCUGUACACAGUUACGUCUUUGGAAUAACCUUUUUCUUCAUCGCCGUCUACGGGGUUUACAAUCUGGUCAAGCUUUGCAAAAGCAAGAUGAAAAACUCGAGAAAUUACUUCGUUGCAAUAACAGGGUUGGUUUGUUUUCUAGGCUUCACCCGUGCUGUGGUGUUGCUAGGCGACCCUUACUCCACGCGGAGACCUUUCGCAUUGACCCCGGGCUAUGGACUGCUGUUAUUCAGCUUGGGUUACCCUUGUCUUACAUCCGGGUUCUUUCUCAUCAACUGGUCAUUGGUCGAGGUCACGAAACUGCAGUUGCUACCGUCCCGCAUUCACAAGCGCAAAGUUCUGGCACUAGUUUUGGUGAUACACUUCGUGGUGGUGAUAACGUUUGAUAUGAUAUUUGUAUACUUCUCACAGACGCAUAUAUUCCUCUUCAUCUGUCGUUCCUUCUUCGUGGUCUGGGGCAUACUACUCUUUGGUGGUUUCAUUGUAGCCUCGAUUAGACUCCAAAAUCAAGUGAGACAAACUCUUAGGAAUCUCACAGUCACCGGUAAUGAAACCCCGGUCGCUCGCGGUCAAAGUAACAACGAGAAAAACGCGAGACCGGCUCGCUUCCAAGAAGCUCGCACCAGGAAAGUGAUGAAAAUCGCGCGACGUGCGGCCGCCACAGGCCUCCUGAUUUGCUGCACGCAGAUUUAUGCCCUCUGGGAGUUCUACGUGUUCUACAACAACGACGUCGUCCCGAAAGCAUGGCCUUGGUGGGGCUACCAGACGUCUUUUCGAUGUGUUGAAUUAUUCAUGGUUAGUCAAAUGUUUCUCAUCAUCCGCCCAAAGAAAUAAUUUGGUUGUGUUCGUCGGUUGCUAUAUAUACGUCAUAUACACACACAUCUGCUUCUUCACGCCUGAAGCCUUGAAUCAGUCUGGCGCAGCGCAAUCGACUAGGCUCUUGAUAGGACAAUGACCAUUGGCUAACCGCUCCAAGUUUUACGCAUUUUACUUACUUACGACUAAUAAAUAUACUAUAUAUAGAAAUAGACGAUGUCCGUGUGGGGUUAGGUGCUCGAACAUUCCUAUGAUAGUAGUUAUCUACUUUCAAAUUCUACGACUUAGGUGACAGUCUCUUUUUCACGUGACGACCGUGUGUUUGGUGAUCGUUUGGUAUUAUAU